UGAAGUAGAAAAGAAGGUUUUGGUUACAGCUGAGAGAAGAAUACUAAAAAGGGAAUAUCAGCUAGGCCGCGGAAAUCCAAUAUAUCACCCAAUAGUACUGAAAGAUCAAGAUUCAACAGCUCUGGUAAUCGGUCAUGUUUUAGAUGCUAACGGUGAAGAUACAUACUUCAAACACUGGCUAAUGGAGCCUGGUCACAAUACAGGAUUACUGCACCGAUGUACUGGAUAUA